AAAACCCUAUGGCAUUUUUGGUUUCGUUAAUUAUUGAAACCAAUUAAUUACAUCAAAUCAGUUUCAUUAAAGUGUACACUGAAACAUAAAUGCAGUUUUCAUUUGAGAAGUGAAAGAUGACGACUUCAAGGCGAUGUAGUCUAUACAAUAUGAUUGUUUUGAUAUUAAUGGGUUACAUUGGUGUUCAUCUGGUGAAAUAUCUCAUGGAAGAGUAUAGUUUACAAACUCCAAUGACUAAAACACAGGAAAGCAAUGCAGGUAGCAAUGUUCCAGAUGGUAUUGACAUUGAUUCCGUUAAUGAUUUUCGAGAUGAGGAGUCUCAACGUCCAGUCAAUAGCCAAGAAGAAGGAUUUGAAUAUUUGAAACAUGCUUUUAAAGGAUUUCAACGACAAAGAUCAAACGCUUUACAAGAACCCAAGAUUAUUAUCAAAUCUCCAAUCAAGAGGACUCCAUUCAAUGCGAAAGUUGGUAAUAUCCGUACUAAUCCCCCUGUGGAUACUUCUGGUGCAACACGUGAAAAGUCAGCAAUAGACGGUGUACGUAAAGAUCCUCACGAUAAGUUUAAGAAGUAUUAUAAUGGCCCUAUUCAACAGAACUCAGAAGUGGUAUAUGAUCACAAGUUAGGCAAAUUCACACAGAUCGGAAAGGAUAUUCAGAAGGACCAUAUUGAACUGGCUGAAGAAAUGUCUAACCGCCAAGAUCAAUCAAGAAAUAGUACAGCUCAACCUAAGCAACAACCUGGUGAAAAAGUUCCGUCGGUUCAACCCAAAAUCAAACAAAUUGUUGAGCCAGACGAAACAGCUGAGAAUGCUGAGGCUGAUCAUGAUACCAAAGCUGCUAGAUCAACGAGUGCUAGUGACGACGAUAACAUGGAUGAAACAGAUGCGAUAAAUGUAUAUAAAAGUAAAGGUUUAAAAGGAUUACGGAAUCCUCAUAAACUGAAGGACAAUGUAAAACACGCUUUAAUAAAGCAUUAUUAUAAAGAGGGAAAAAUAGAAAAGAACGCACAGAUAUCUUGGAACAGGAGGCUUGGUAAAUUUGUUCAGCAUGGCAAAGAUACUGAGGGCUCUGAUUUUACAAAAUUAUUCCAUGAUCCAAAGACUGAGCCUAAACAAAAUAUCACCUGCCAUCCUUCAAUGAACCUUUUAAAUAAUAACACGAACUCGAAUAUACUUUUUGAGCCCGAUACAUGUUCAUCGAACCCCGUCGGGCCAUUUCUCCUCAUCGUUGUCACCAUUCCCCCAAUGGCCUAUGAAAGAUUGGCGCUUAUCCGAAAAACAUACGGAACCGUAUCAAAGUUGCAAGGACUUGCGAUUGAAGUUGUUUUUGUUACCGAGUUUAGUAGUAGUAAUCUUAUACAAAGCGAGCUCGAAUUCCAUAGUGAUAAUUUCAAAGAUAUUUUGCAAAUAAGAUCAUUAAAAAUACAUUCACAGAAAAUGGCGAUGUUCAAAUGGUUAGAACAGAGGUGCAAAAAUGUUCAAUUCAUUCUGAUAACAAAACAUGAUAUAUUUGUGAACGUGUUUUCAUUGAUCCACCAUCUCCAGUAUUUCUUUAGCGGUGGAUCAGCCCCAUCUAACUUUGUAUCGUGUAAAACACUCCACGUCUACAAGGAUAACACCACUCCGGAGGAUAUACCACGAUCGUAUUGCUCACGUCAUGGUUACGUCAUCACACGUGAUAUACUGCCGAAAUUUUCACAGUAUCUCUCCACCAAGUCAAAACUAUUUCCUAGUGAUAUUACACAUACCUUUGCAGAGGCGACUGGCUUAAAGGUUGAUCAAACAUUAUCAGAGUCUUUGGUGGAGGAGGGGAGUUGUGCUUCCUUGAUGACAGGGGGUGACCUUAGCAAAUAUACCAUGUGUGAGAUACGGGACAAUACUGAAUGGCUUGAAACAUGGAACAAAAUCGCAUCUGUCAAUGUACAUGCCUAAAGGUUACUAGUAUCUGUGCUGAACAAACAUAUGUGGUAAAAAUCGUUUCCAAUGUAAACUAUGAUAAUGGAAUAUGAAAUUUUAAAUCUGCCACUUUUUACAUUUUUCUGAAUUGACAAGUCAUAUUACAUUAUUAAAGUAUUCUACCAAUAUAAAGUAUGAUAAUAUUAACAAACAUGCUCAUGUAAUUAUAUAUUUGUUCAUGCUAAAAAAAUAAAAUACCUUGUUAACUUACUAGAUUAAAUGUGCUGAAUUAGAUGUACAAUAAGUGUUCCAGAUGUAUCGAGGUUACAUGUAUCUAUUGAAAAUUAAUUUUAUAAUUAAGAAAUAUAGACCGAAAAGCAGGGGUAAUAUCGUCGAAUACACCCCGCAGGGCUAGGCACAAACGUUUUCUGUACCCCG